AUGGAACCCCGUGAGUCUCGUCCCAUGGAUCCCAUCAGCACACCAGUUAAUGAUCUGGGGCUUACACUUUCCCCUGGAUCUCAGCCUGCCCAGCUGGAUCCUUCUCACCCAAACAAGGAAGAUGACCUCGCCUCCCUGUUCGACGGAGAGGAUUCUGGAUUGUUCACCGACUUUGCCGAGAGUUCCUCGCAACCUUCAGAGGGAAACGAUUUCAGCUCUCUAUUUAGCCAGAAUGCCUCUGAUACUACCCCUGACUCCAGCAAGAAUGCUACAGAGUUAAAUGACCUGGCUGCGUUUUUCGGCCUGGAAGAUGACUUCGAUCCAUUCACCGACUUCUCAAAGCUUGCCGCCCCGCCUUCAUCCAAUCGAGCUGAUCAGGCCCACCCGAGUACGAAGAAACGUACCAGCGAACAAGCAUUUGGGACUGAUCAUGAGAAGUCAUCGACCAAGCGAGUGAAUUGUAACUUGUCCAAUGUCUCACCACUAGGAUAUGACACCGCCUCUUCACCUUACAAGCAACUUGCCACUCAAGCUUCACCAGGAUCGACUAGUAGCUCUAGAAAGCGCAGCCAUGAUCAGGUACAAACAGGUCUCGGAGGCAAUUUUAAGAAGGGAUGUCGGCGCGAAAGCCGGGGACUCACUUCGCAGGGAGAGAUGCUUGGAGUGUCAAGAGCGUCAAGUCAUAUCCGCUCCACGGCGCCCAUCUCGGUUGGAUCUUCACCCACUCCAGCGAAUGAUGAGACACUCUCCGCUCACUUCACCUUCAGCUCCGAUAUUCAGAGCAGAUUCGGUCUCACCCAAGAAAGCUCAGACCGAUUGUCAGCCGUUGAGGCGUUCUGUCAUGGUUCUUCGACGUCGAAGCAUAUCUCCCCUUAUGCCCCAGUCGACAAAUCCCUGUCGACUGCAAGUCUUCAAUCUGAGUCUGGCUCCCAAACAGAUCUGAUUGAAGACCUUCGGCGCCGCCUUGACAGUUCCCGUCGACGCCUCGACACGGUCACUACUGAGCGAGAUGAGGCCCGCGCUGCACUCAGUACUUAUGAGCACGUGAACCCUCACACGAGUCAGCUCAGAAUCCACGAGCUGGAAGCAGAGGUGCAGAAAUUGCGCCAGACGGCCUCCAAUCACCGGCGUCGAAUGGACAAGGCGAAUACAGAAUUGGGCGAGUGGAGACGGCAAUACACCAACCUGGCCACUACCUAUAAUUCCCUUUUGCGGGACUACCAUCAUCUUCAAGCAAUGAUGGUCUCGCGUCCCCCUCACUCAGGUAGUGCCAUGGAAGCAACGGUGACUGCGGCAUUAAACGUCCCCCGGGAUUCCACGUCCAGCUUACUGGUCACCACCUCUGCCGCCUCUUCUCCCGUCUCUCCGCCUUCGAUCACCUCACCUUCACGGAUCUCUCAACACGAUAUCAGGUCUGAGAGAUUACCUUCCCAUGCGUGCGGGUCUCCAUUCGAAGGCCGUAGUUUGGGACUUCCACCACCUCCUCCCGGGCAUCCCUCACCUGACCUCAUCACUCCCUCCUCCACUCUUUCCGCCCACCGCGGUCAGGGCUCUGCGACCUCCCUUGAGCAGCCGGACCCCCUGCUCCCUGGUGCCACAUGCACCACGCCAGCCUCGCCUUCCCUUGCUGCCCGCCACGCAGCCGACUCUUCAACGACCGCUACCAUUGCCGACGCGGUCGUUGGCCCCGAAAAGCGACGACCUGUCGCAGCUCCAACUGUGCCUCCCAAGGACGUUCCGGUCAUCGAUCUGACCGUGGACUCAGACACAGAAGUGAGCCCCCAAGGACCAAACUCUCUUUUCCGACCCGCGCUGACCCAGGACCCUAGCCCGCUUACCAGAUUUCGUCGCAGCUUGCGCGCCAAGAGCUUCGACUGGCUGCGUAAUAGCAACAGUCUUGAGAACGACAGUGUUCUUGCAGGCCGUAUGUGCAAGAGCCUGAACUCCGCGCAGCGUCAGGCGGAGCUCGGUGACAAAUUCGUGCACGUGAAUUUGAACGAGUGCUACCGGCUCGUUCAGUCACAGCAGCAUGUGCGCCGAGCUUUGGGUGGUCCGCUAGCACCCCUUCCUGGUGGUCAUCCUUCUGAUGUCGCCCAAAGCGCUGUUGCAGCAACGGUGACCACCGGCAAUACCUGCGCGGCCGCGCCUGCGCCUCGAGCCGUCGCCGAGUCCAAUACAGUCACCAACGGCGAUACUCCUGCCUCCCCGUACCAUGUCACUGACGACGAGUUCGCUCUGAUGUUGGAGGAGUCCCUCGCCCGCGGCAAGACGCCGGAGUAG